AUGUCCAUGCUCAACAUGUACCCGAGGCUCCAGCUCCAGGCGAGCUCCGUCGUCGACGACGCUGAUGACAACGACGACGUCGACCGCCACGGCGCCUCCUUCGGCUACGGCAUCGCCGUCGUCUGUGUGACCAUCUUCGUGUUCUGCGUGCUCGUCUCGUUGUCCUUCAGCGUCUGGAAGGCGUGCGCCUCCGCCGCCCUGACCGCGCUGCUGCUCAUCGUCGCCGGCUGCUUCGCGCCCAAGAGGUGGUUCCACCACCGGAGCCAGCGGCCGGGCGCGAGCACGGAGCUCGUUGUCACCGUCACGGCCGGCGGCGCAACCCGCCCGGGCUUCCCGUGCCCUCAAGUGAAUGUGCCGCCGGCGUUCGCGUUCGAGUGCCCGGCGCUCGAGGCGGGUGGCGGGGGUGAGCGUGAGCCGGCGCCGCCCGCCGCGAGCUGCGUGGUGUGUUCUGUGUGCCUCGAGGACGUGCGCGGCGGCGAGAUGGUGCGGCGGCUGCCGGCCUGCAUGCAUAUUUUCCACGUGGGGUGCAUUGACAUGUGGCUGCACUCGCACCGGACGUGCCCGAUGUGCCGGUGCGUGAUCUCGCCGGUGGCUGCAGUGACACCUAAAGCUGCAGCAGAAGAGGCACCGGAGUCUUCGGAUGACGAUCAUGACUUGCCGCCUGUGUAA